AUGAAGUCCUUCUCCAUGGUUCUCUUCGUCGCCGUUGCCAUUGCCCAGAGAGCUGUAAUUGGACUCCCCACCGAGAACCAGAAAAUCAAUCCCGGCAAGGAAGUCAUCAUUCAAGUGCAGCGUUCCAACUCUCUGAGUCCAUCCAAGGAGAUGGGUGUAGCAAUCGGCCUCUCGUCAUGUGCAUCCUCGCCCUGCAGAGACGCAGACGAGGUCCUCGGAACAAUUCUAUACAACGGACCCUUCAACCCCGUGUACCACGAGUCCAACCUGGCCCCGUAUGAGAACUUCACGGUCACUGUGCCGGCCUCAGCUACCCUUGGAAAAAGCCAGAUUAAUGUCGCUCAUGCGGCUUUGAUUGGUGCCGGUCCCUCCGCAUUCUUGGAGUCUCUCAACCAGACCGUCUUCGUUGUCUAG